CAUGGCCGCGUCCGUGAGCCGCCUGUGCCACGUCGCCUUCCACGUGCCCCGCGGGCAGGGCCUGGCCAGCGACCUGGUGACCAAGUUUCGCUUCCGCCCCGUGGCCGUGCGGGAGACGGCGCGCGCCCGGCAGCUGGCCGUCCGCAGAGGCGCGGCCGUCUUCGUGGUCAACGAGAGGGGGGAGGCAGCCCCGUCCUCCGGGCCCACGUGGCCGGCGCCUGCUCAAGGCGCGGCCGUCUUCGUGGUCAACGAGAACCCCGCGUACGCCGUGAGCACGGCCUGCAACGUGUGCUUCGAGCUGGACGACGUCCCCGGUGCCUCCCGGCGCCUCCGGGACCGGGGCUGCCGCCUGGCCGUGCCGCCCACCGAGGUGACGGACGAGGACGGCUCCGUCACCUACUCCGUGGUGCGGUCCGUCGUGGGCAACGUCAGCCACACGCUGCUGGACCGCUCCCGCUACCGAGGGCCCUUCCUGCCCGGCUUCCGCGCCGUGACCGCGGCCCCCGAGGGGCCGCCGGAUGGGGCCGAGAUCACCCACGUGGACCACAUCACGUACGCCUGCCCCCGGGGCAGCGCGCGCGCCGUGCUGGACUGGUACGAGAGCUGCUUCGGCUUCCGGCGCUUCCUCCUGCACGGGGCCGAGGACGCGGGCGAGGGCUACGUGAUCCGGGGCCGGGGCGUGGGGCUGCGGCUCAUGGCCCUGCAGGGCGGCCGAGCCGAGCCGGCCCUGCCCGCGGACGGCUGCAGGCUGGUGCUGGCCGAGUCCCUGCCGGAGCAGGGGCCGAACCAGGUGGACACCUUCUUGGCGCAGCACGGCGGGGCCGGCGUCCAGCACAUCGGGCUCUACACCACGGACAUCGUCUCCACGGCCCAGACCCUGGCAGCGGCCGGCGUGCGGUUCGUGGAGCCGCCCCGCGCCUACUACAGCGAGGCGGGUAAGACGGAAGAGAUCCGGGGGGCUGGGCAGGACCCCGGGGCGCUGGCACGGCACGGCAUCCUGCUGGAUGCGGAGCUGGCGGGGGAGAGCCCUUCGGCGAGGAGGUACUUGAUGCAGAUCUUCACCAAGCCUUUCUUCCCCGAGGAGACCUUCUUCCUGGAGCUCAUCGAGCGCCGGGGGGCCUCGGGCUUCGGGGAGGGCAACAUCCGGGCCCUGUGGAAGUCUGUACAGGGCUACAUGGACCAGCAGCAGUAGGACGACGUCACGGCCUCACGAGGGGCCCGUGCGAGGCCA